AUGAAUCUGAGCCCGCUGCUGGGCCUGGUCGUCCCCGGGGAGGGCCCUGUGGCCCUAGCGCUCUCCAAGGCGCAAGCGCUUUGUCUGCAGAUGAGCGAGCUCCAAAGUGCAAGCGAGCGGCUGCUCUCACGCCUCCAGAACCUGCUGGCAGAGCUUCAGAGAAUGGAGCGGGAGGACCAACUACCGUCUGCCAACUUACUCGAGUCAUACGCGGUUCUAGUCACCAGAUAUCUCCGCUUCCUGCAACUUAACAGCUGCAAGUCCCUCAUCUACCGAGUCGUCAAGAGCGCAGCAAUGGCGGGGGAGUUGCAGCAAUUGAACGAAAAAGUUGCGGAUCUGCUCGCGAAGUUGCUCGACGCCGACAUUGUGUCUUGGGAGACGCAGUGGCGAGCAGAUCGCUUCGUGCAGGACGCUGUGCUAGCUGCAACAUUAGACGAUUCAAGCCUGUGCUUUCGUGACCUCCAGAGCCCUCGAGCUCAGAUGGAGGCGCUGUUAACGUUGAAGUUCGAAGUGGAGAAGAAGAGCUCUCGGCAUGCAGAAGAGGAUCUGACACGGAUGAGGAUGUUGGUGGGGAAGAUUGGGAGCGUGUCGAGAAUGACUGAGGUGGCGUUACCGUCGUGGUUUAUUCCGGAUUACGAGGUGGAGUUGCAGUCGAAGCCGUUCGCUCGAGGGCGUUUAGCCUCGGUGUAUUACGGAGCGUGGGGUAACGAGUCGAAGGUGGUGGUCAAUCAAUUGUGUGUGGAUGAGUCGAGGAUGGAUGAAACAGCCUCCGAUGUGUUCUCGCUUGCCAUGUGCAUCAUCGAGUCUUCAACCGGUGUGCCCCCGUUUAGAUUCCUGUCAGAGAAGGAUGCCGGCGACAACGUUAGAAGAGGUGUUAUCCCAGAUAAGCCGGACGAGAUGGAUGCUGAUGAAUGGGGGCUCCUACUAAUGAUGACAAGUGUAGACCCAACGAAGCGAGUUAAACUCGACUAUGUCGUAGAGAAGCUGAAAGCCUUUGCUGAUCGAGAUCAAGUGUCGACACUUGAAGCUAUUGGCGCGUGCAGCUCAUGCUGUGCAGCGAUCUCGCCAGACUCUCGCUUUUGCUCAAGUCCUACCCAACAUGCAUUUCAGCCGGGCAAUCCUUUUCAAAUGGAUACUUCUCCAGAAUUUUUGCCGGAUAGCGGUGUUGUCUUUCUCCUGCAUGUUAUUGAGAUCGGCAGUGUUGACGACCAGGAACACGCGCUGGUAACUCUGUAUCAGACCUGUUUGUCGAGCUACCGACGCAAAUUUGUCUACGAUGUGAAUGGCGUAUCGAAGCUGAUUGGACUUGUCAAGCGUGGUCGCACUCACUUUCUGCGCGCAUGUGCACUUGGAAUACUGAGCUGGGCCGAGCUGGAUUCAAGAUUGCCCUUAAAAGAUCUUGAUUCGCUGCGUAAACUGGUUGGAGCUGCCACAUUGGAUGGAUGCAACGCUAUUGCAGCAAGUUUACGAGUUAUCAACCGCCCAAGUAAAAUUAAGGCGUUGGUCCACUGCGCGUGCAUUACUGGAGGAAGGAACGGAGCGAACAUGGAUGUGCUACGAAAUGCUGGUGUUGUAGCACCGCUUACCGCGUUGUUGAGGAAUGGCGAUCAAAUUCAGAAGCUACUAUCAAUUUGCGCUUUAGGGCGGCUUGCCGGUCAUAUCCGGAGCUGCGAGAUAAUGGCACAGAAUGGAGCUAUCGACGCCUUGCUAAGUUGUUUGCGAGCCGGGAGCGACGCACAGAAAGAACACUCGGCCGGGGCCUUGAGUCGGCUUACUGUCAGCAGAGAUUGCUGCAACAUGCUUGUAGAGAAAGGUGCGAUUCCACUUCUCGUCGGAUUGCUCCAGGCCUACAGCUCAGCUACAAGAUUCCAUGGCGCUUGUGUGCUAGGAAGCCUAGCUAUGAUCAAUGUGAAGAACAGAUCUGCGAUUAUUGCCCAUGGAGCGGUAGAUCCAUUCGUGGAACUUCUUCAAAGUGGGAAUGAAAGGCUGAAAACUCGAGUAGCGUGCACGCUGGCGAAUCUAACCGUGGACAAAACGAAUCGCGGUCUACUUGUACGCGCAGAUGUUAUUGAAGCCUUUGUGGCUUUACUUCAAGGCGGCGCCAAUUACUACAGGGGGCAAGCAGCGCGUGCUUUGGCUAACCUCGCCUUGGAUGAGAGUCACAUUGACGCUAUCACACAAGCAGGAGCAAUCCCAUUUAUCGUGAGUCUUCUUCGAUCCCACAGUCGUAAUGAAGCUGCGCGUGCUUUGGCUAAUCUGUCUUAUAAGCCGGAAAGCCGCUACGUCAUUAUGAAAGGUGCUAUCGAGCCUCUUGUGGAGAUGCUGCGAGAAACAAGGGACAACAUGUCAGAAUUAGCAGCAAGGGCGUUGGCGAACUUGGCCCUCGAUGCCAAUAGCCGCCGCGUGAUUGCAGAACUGGGCGCUAUCAAUCUCUUGGCCCGCCAGCUUGAUUUUGGAUCGGCCACUAUCAAGGAGUGCCAUUCAGUCCGAGCGUUGGCCAAUCUUGCUGCUGACGAAGCUUACCACAAAGAAAUUAUUCAAGCAGGAGCGGUACCGCAUUUUGUGGCGCAUCUGAAGGGCGAUGUCGUCAAGCUCAAAACUCAAGCAGUGCUAGCGUUUGCAAACUUGACUACGAGCGCUGAAAGUCGUAACGCAAUAGCGAAUGCAGAUGCCGUGGUACCGUUGGUAGCACUUCUGCGCAACGGGACAAACACCCAGAAGGACCACGCACUUCGAGCUCUAGCUAAUGUUGCUAUUGACAAGUGCAGUGCUGGGGUGAUAAAGGAGGCUGGGGCGAUCCCCCUUUUUACGGAGCUCUUACGUAGUGGUAGCAACAAACAACAGGACCACGCAGUUCGGGCAGUGGGAAGUGUGGCUGCGUUAGGGGGUGAAAUUGCUCGCUCAGGAGCUAUUGGGCCUCUAGUUGAGCUACUGCGAAAUGGAACUCAUAACCAGACGUUCUACGCUGGGUGUGCGCUGGCGGCUUCAGCUCUCAGUGGCGAAGGUCGCUCGACCAUCGUAGCUGAGGGAGCCGUUGAUGAUCUUGUCUCGCUAGUUCGAGACGGAUCUGAUUACCAGAAGAUCGGUGCGGCACAAGCGCUCAAUAAUCUGGUGGCUGAGCGCAACGUCGUCGAAACAGUUAAGACCGCAGGAGUGAUUCCGGACCUUGUGGCGCUCGUUGGAGCUCGAAAUGAGAAGUUGAACGAUUCAUUAGCUCGGACAUUGGAGAGAAUAUGCGGAGAGUCAGGAAAUCACAGUACCGUUGUAAGCGCUGGAGCAAUCUCGCUGUUCGCGGGUCUUCUUCGAUCUGGAACGAGGGAGCAGAAAGAAGAUGCAGCCCGGCGUUUGCAUCAUUUAACUGGUGAUGAGAACACAAGCCACAAUUUCGGAGAAGUCGUCCCGAAACUGGUGAAACUUCUCGACAGUACGGUAGAAGCGGUCAAGAAAUACGCGGUGUCGACUCUGGCCAACUUGGCGAGUAAUGACGUAAAUUGCGCUAAAAUCGCGAGCGGAGGUGGCAUCCCUCGUCUCGUGGGGAUUCUGCAAGAUGGGACAGACGACAUGAAGAGCGACGCAGUACGCGCUCUGGAGAGUUUGGCUAUGAACAAUCAAGCGAACCAGUCCGAAAUGAACGCCCUAGGGAUUGAUUCUUUGCUACUGGAGUUGCGUCAGACUGGAGAACCUACUCGAAGUGAUACUGCGCCACGCGCACUGGAGCGCAUGGAUGAAUGUGCCCCGGCACCUUUAAAGCGAAUGCGUCGUGAUACAUAA